AUGUUCAAAAAUGCGCGUCCAUCUGUUGGGGGUGUUGGCUUGAGACUUAUGCAAAAGAUGGGCUGGAGACCUGGUGAGGGACUCGGCCCUGAUGGUAUGGGCAAUCUUGAACCUCUAGUGUUGGAUGUGAAGAAUGAUAGGAAGGGUUUGGUGGCCCAGGAUGAUGUUGGCGCUAAAGGAGGGGCUAAAAGUGCUGGAGAUGUAGUCGCAGCGAAGCAUCCUGUCUCCAUGGUCAUGGAACUUUGCGCAAAACGUAAAUGGUUGGCUCCACAAUUUAUUAGUCAUGAAUCUGGUCCAUCCAACAUGAGAGAGUUCAGAUGCACAGCUAUCGUCAAUGGCGUUGAGUAUAAGUCUGAUAUCAUAUCCCGCAGCAAGAAGGACGCGAAAUUAGUAGCUUGUCAGAUAGUUCUACAAUCCCUUGGCCUUGUACCUCGUGAUGCAUCAUUACCGGUUGUUAUAUAG